GCAUACUCAUUCCAAUCCAUGACACAUUGGAUACCACUUCACAGACAAUUUUGUAUCUGUUCUUAUGAAGUUUAUUUCUUCUAUGAUUGUACAUUGUGCUUUUCCUUCAAGAGAGUUUUACUCAAAGAUAACAAUAAAUUCAAAACCAAAAAUAGUGUUUGUUUCACAGUUAGAAAAGAAAGAUUUAUCACCUCUUAUUUAUCUACUUUUUUUUUUUCUCUUUUUUUUCUGCAUUAGGUCUUAGAAAUUGUUGAGAAGUUUCCUGCAGUCAGAAAUGGUAGAAAGAGUCACAUAAAGGACACGUCCAUUCUGCACCUCAGGCAUAUUGCUUAAUUGCUUUAACCUGAAAAACCUUAUUGUAUGGUACAGCUUCUAACAAGCUACCAAACUUCUCAGCAACCCAGAGAGCAUUCAAUUUUUGUCUGAUCACAAUCAUCUAAUGCCACUGCACAUGCUACAAUGGAAACUCUAAGACAAAUACAAAAUUUUGGUAUCUGUGUUACUUGUACAUAUCCCAUAGCCUCUGGCAUGGUGUUCACCAUUCUUCUAGUUUCUUGCUGCUCAUCUCUGAACAUACGAGCUCGUCCACUUCUUUCUAAUUCACCUUUCCUUUCCAUCUGGAAUGCUCCUACAGAACUUUGUACUGAAAGGACUGGAGUGCAGCUGGACAUGUCAUUCUUUUCUUUCAUUGGAAGCACACUGAAGACAUCCAUUGGGCAAAACAUCACUCUAUUCUAUCCAGACAGGCUUGGUUACUAUCCAUACAAAAAUGAAGUCACAGGAGAAGCAUUCAAUGGAGGACUCCCUCAACUCGCGCUGCUGGAAAAUCAUUUAAAAAAAGCCAGAGAGGAUAUCCAGUUCUAUAUUCCUUCAGAUGAACAGUUUGGAUUAGCUGUCAUUGACUGGGAAAAUUGGAGACCUGUGUGGAUAAGGAAUUGGGGAUCAAAAGACAUUUACAGGCAGGAAUCUAUUGAACUGGUUCAGCAGAGAGACAUAAGUCUAUCAGAAGCCGAAGCCAGGACUAUAGCUAAAAAGGAAUUUGAAGCUGCAGCAAGAUCUCUUAUGUUGGAAUCUUUAAAACUGGGCAUAGCAAUGAAACCAAAUCGUCUUUGGGGAUACUACCUUUACCCAGACUGUUAUAACUAUGAUUACAAACAAAAUCCACGUAAUUAUACAGGAACCUGUUUAGAUAUUGAAAUAGCAAGAAAUAAUGAGCUUAACUGGUUGUGGGAGAAGAGCACAGCACUUUAUCCAUCUGUCUAUCUAGAAACAGCCUUAAGAUCUUCCAGAAAUGCCCAGCUCUUUGUUCGCAACAGAGUUCAAGAAGCCAUCAGAGUUUCGUAUGUCUCUAAUUCUACUCAUCCUCUUCCAGUUUUUGUAUAUACACGACCAGUAUUCACAGAUCUCUAUGAGGAAUACCUCUCUCAGGAUGACCUGGUAAAUACCAUUGGCGAGUCUGCUGCACUGGGUGCUUCUGGAAUUGUGAUUUGGGGUGAUAUGAAUUUAACACAAAGUAAGAACACCUGUAGGACUCUGGACAACUACCUUAGGAAGACUUUGACUCCUUACCUCAUCAACGUCACAAUGGCAGCCAAAAUCUGCAGCCAGGUAGUAUGCCAAGACUCUGGUGCCUGUGCACGGAAAAAAUGGAAUUCCAAUGACUAUCUUCACUUGAACCCGGAGAAUAUUGUCAUUCAAAUGACAAAGGAUGGAAAAUACACUCUGCAAGGGCAACCAGCAUUUCAGGAUCUGCAGACAUUCAUAGAAAAAUUUGACUGCCACUGUUAUGCAGGGCACAGGUGUGAACCCAGGGUUGAUAUCAAUGACAUCCAUUACCUUCGUGCUUGUAUCUCAGAAGAAAUUUGCAUUCAGAUAUCCUCAAAUUCAUUUUCUAAUAUAGACGCUUCUAAAGAAAAGAACCUGUCUAACAGAACCGUAUUUCCACUUGCCUCUCAGACUAAGGUGACAUUAUCUACACAUCCUGAAAUAGGUGAUUUCCAACCUGCCACUGGAAGUAGUAUACUGCAUUUAACAACUGCAGAAUAUAACACUGUCACAGCAGCCACUAGAUAUGAUGUAGAAGCAAAUGAGACUUGUAGUUUUGGUAGUUCUACAUCCUAUAAGAUAAAUAUAUUUACUUUUUUUUUAAUACUAAUUCUGAGAACCUUAAUAUAA